UUGUCAUCGAUGGUUCAUUAAAAUAUAAAGUCUAAUGCGAAGGAAAAAUGUAACAUUAGUGCACGAAAAGGAUUAUAUACGUUUAAAAAGCAUUUCAUAACAUAACCUUAUUUCUUUUAAAACGUAAUAUAAAUGGUUUUACUUUCUACGAUUUACCGUUUUUGAGACACGUAUUUCUCGGUGUUUGCGGUAACUGUUCGACGAUGAACUCUCCAGGAUCUCAAGCUCUGGAAGCAGCUAAAAACAUGAAAGAUUUAUCGAUAUUUAAAAAGCCGCAGGGUGUUGCUAAGAGAUAUAAAAGAGUACAACCAACAAUUUUAGACGAAGAUACGUAUAUAACAAGAAUGGGAGAAAUUAUCCAACGAGAUUUUUUUCCUCAUCUUGAUAAACUUCAAGCACAGAAUGAAUAUUUGGAUGCGUUAGAACAAAACGAUGCAAAAAGAAUGAGGGAGUUGUAUGAAAAGUAUAGUUCAGGAAGGCCGAUAACAGAGAGACCUGUUAGUCCUGCUACAUUCGAGACUCCUAUGAAUAAAACAGAAUCCGAGGAUGAACAAUUUAAAUCGUCGAAAGUUUCAGAAGAUACCUCUGUUUCUGAGGACACAAAGGAGAAGGACAAAGAGGAACCUAAAACCGGAUUGGAUGCAUAUUUGAGUAUGCACACCAGUGAGGAUAAUGCGAGUUUCGAAGAAAUGAUGGAUGAAGCAGAGAAGAGACUUCAACAGAAAUUUGCUUGGCUCUACGAAGCAGAAGAGAAAUCGGAAUUACUCGCUUUGAGAAACAAAACCACAGAUGUUUUAGCUAUAGAAAAUGAUGAUAAGAAGCCUAACCAAUUGGAUAGUUGGAGUUACAAAAAUAAAAAUUACAUUAUGUAUGUUCCCGACGGAGUUGAAUUAACUCCAGACGAAAGGAUUGACUUAGCUAAGAAAAGACAAAUAGUAGUACAUGGAAAUACAAGGCUUCGAACAAAUCCAUUCAAUGAACAGCAAAAUAAGGAAACUAUUAAUGAGUUGGCAAAAAACCAAUCGAAGGUUAACGACGGAAAAAUCGGAGUCGAUGGUAAAGAAAUUAUUAGAAAUCCAACUCCAAGGGUGAACGGAUUCAGUUUUGUGGCGACUCCGAGUCCAAGACCCGGGGAAUGUGAGAGUCCCUUGAUGACAUGGGGUCAAAUUGAAGGUACGCCAUUCAGAUUAGAUGGAGGGGAUACUCCUUUGUUGAGAACGAGUCAGGGACCCUCAUUUAGAAUGGCAGAACCUCCGAAAAGAGAACAACUGGCCUUGCAGUUGGCGGAGAAAGCUGGAGAAAGACAUAGGGAUAGGAAAACUAAAGCAUUAGAGGCAGCUAGAAAAUCACUGGCAACACCAUCUCCAAGGUCCACUAUAGAUCGUUUGAGUACCAUGUCUCCAGCCGCGAGAAGAUUGGCUACGCAAAAACUUCGUAUCACAAGCACACCGACUCCACGGAGGGCUACAUCAUCGAGGACACCAUCGAUAGGCAUUAGAACACCAAGCACUCCAAGAAUAAAUACACCAUCAAAGUCUGAAAAUCGUCUUACAGUCGAAAACAUCAGUACCCGAUCACAGUGUCCUGUUCUCACCGAUAAUCUACUUAAUUUGCCUCUCCAGAGGCAAAGAGCAGCAGAUUUUUUUAACAAAUAAAGUGCGUAACUAUGUACCAAAUUACCGCUCCAAUACUAUGUGUUGUAUGAUAUUGUAA